AUGUGUAAAUGGUACAAUCAAUCGCCAACUCCCAAGAGAAAUGACGACCAAAUGAUUGAAUAUAUAAAUAGUUUGAACACCACAUGGAAGGCUGACAAAAACGUUGCUAAUUUCGCGCCAAUGUAUUUGAACUCUAUAUUAGACUCUAACGGUCAGUACGAGGCCAACACUCGGCCACCCAGUGAUGGCACGCAUGACACGGAUUUGAUUGAUGAAAUACCGGAUCAGUUUGACUCCAGAGACCGGUGGCCAGAGUGCCAAUCUAUCAAACAGAUCAGAGAUCAGGGUCAUUGCGGGUCGUGUUGGGCCAUCGCUACGGUGGCGGCCAUAUCCGACCGGAUAUGCAUCGCGUCGGGCGGUAAACAACAGCCGGAGAUAUCGCUCGAAGACCUGUUGACGUGCGGACACAUCGGCGGCUGUAUUAUAGGCAACAGUCCGAUCCGCGUCUGGUUUCACUAUAUUAUCAAUGGGUUGGUUACGGGAGGCGAUUAUGACAGUCAUCGGGGUUGCAAACCCUAUACAAUACCUCCCAGCGAUCACACCCCGGUAGUUUACAAACCGGCACCAUGGUGCGAACCCACCUGUAUUGAUGGCUACAACAAGACGUAUGCGGCCGACAAGUACUAUGGCUCUGUUGUCUACGGCUAUCGUAAUAAUAAUCGUGAUGUUCAGCGAGAUAUCAUGACUAAUGGCCCCGUUGUUGCAAUAUUUGAUUGGUGGGAAGAUUUAGAGUAUUACAAGUCGGGCGUUUACCACCGCGUGACCGAUAGACCAAUUGGUCAACAUGUCAUCAAAAUCAUCGGAUGGGGCCGCGAGUCGGGUGUAGACUACUGGCUGGUGGCCAACUCGUUUGGGCCAAAGUGGGGCGAUCAUGGGUUUUUCAAAAUACGUCGGGGUAUUAAUGAGUGCAGUAUUGAGCAGAACAUUAUUAUACCAUAA